AGUAUGCGGAAAAAGACUACCACACUCAGAAUCAUCUGAUUCCCACUGCUAUCACUUCCGGAAUGGGUGUCUAAGGUUGUAAAAAGGAAGUAUUCAUUUCAUUGUACUUGAUAUUGUUAUCUGCCAAGUAGUGUCUGAUGGAUGGUAAUAUAGCUGUUAUUAUAUUUAUUAAAUGUAGUAUCAAUAAUUACUGAGAUUCUCCAAUCCGCAUGGAUUAAAAAUGAGCAAGUACAGGGGCAAGAUGACGGAAAGCAUUAUAGACCUUACCCUGGAGAUAAUCUAUCUGCUGACUGGGGAGGAUUAUAUUGUUAUGAAGAAGUCUGGUGAAUGUAAGACACCUAGCAGCUGUCUCUCUGCAUCUAGAGGAUUGAACAGGACCCAGAGCCCCAUCACGGUGCCUCCACUUCACUCACUGAUACUUGAGAGGGACAAUGACCAGCAGAUCCUGGAACUCACCAACAAGAUCAUUCAGCUGCUGACUGGAGAGGUUCCUAUAAGAUGUGAGGAUAUCACUGUCCAUUUCUCCGUGGAAGAGUGGGAGUAUAUAGAAGGACACAAGGACUUGUACAAAGACGUCAUGGAACAUCAACAGCCUCUCCGAACCUUGGAUGGGUCUGCGGCUGGUAAAACAUUGUAUGAAGACUUUCAUCCCGGUUUUACUGAGUGCAAGUCUACAAAUGAUGACAAUGAAGCAAAAUGCCUGAAAAUUGAGGAAGAAAGUGAGAUAAAGACAACAUCCGAGAGGAAUGUGACUGAAAUUACAAAGCAAUCUGUAUCGCAUGAAGAAGGAAAUGUCAUCGAUAAAGACAUUUACACAGAUGUUACACAGUAUACGCCUACUCAUGUAAAGGAGGAAUCCGUCUUCUGUGAACAAGGAAAUAUCACCAAUGCUAUCAUUUAUACUCCUGCACAUCAUACACAGCAUACAUCUAUUAAGGAGGAACCAGUCUCUUGUGCAGAAAGAAGAAAGCUCACACACACUGACAAUUAUACACCUACGGAUCAUACACACCAAGCAUCUGCUAUUAAGGAGAUAUCUGCCUCAUGUGCCGAAAGAAGAAACCUCUCAGACACUGACAUCUAUACACCCACAGAUCAGACACCUACUCAUAUAAAGGAGGAACCAGUCUCUUGUGCAGAAAGAGGAAAGCUCACACACACUGACAAUUAUACACCUACGGAUCAUACACACCAAGCAUCUGCUAUUAAGGAGAUAUCUGCCUCAUGUGCAGAAAGAAGAAACCUCUCAGACACUGACAUCUAUACACCCACAGAUCAGACACCUACUCAUAUAAAGGAGGAACCAGUCUCUUGUGCAGAAAGAGGAAAUAAAACAGACAAUGACCAUUAUACACUUACAGAUCAGACACAGUAUACAUCUCCUAUUAAAGAGGAAUCUGUGUACUAUGAACAAGGGGCUUUCAUGGAAACUGAUAUUUAUGUACCUACAGGUGUUUGUGAAGAGAGUAAUCUGAAUAUAUUUACUCCGAUGGACCAAUUGUAUAAAGAUAUUGACAUUCUGGACUUUAGUAAAUGGGACCUCUGCCCAGAGAAAACGCACAACCCAUCGUUGGUAACCUACCCCGAGUGCAGGGAGAUUGUCACCAACAAAUCAACGCCUCCGUUGAAUCCGAGGACCUGUGUAGGAGAUAAAACAACUGUCUGUUCCGACUGGUGGAGGUCAUUUGGCGUUAACUCGCAUCUAGCUGCGCCGCAGAAAGUGCACCCAGUUCCGAAACCGCAUCAUUUUAACGACCGGGAAAAAAGGUUCACCAAACAGUCUGACUUUUAUCGACAUCAGAGAUUUAAUACCAGAGAGAAAGAGUUCUUCUGCUAUGUAUGUGGGAAAUAUUUUUCCACUAACCCCCAUCUCAUCCGGCACCAGAGGAUUCACACGGGAGAGAGGCCUUUCCCUUGCACUGAAUGUGGAAAGAGCUUUAACCAGAAGUCAAUCCUGGUUACACACCAGCGGACGCACACGGGAGAGAAACCCUUUGUGUGUUCAGUCUGCGGGAAAUCCUUUAUCAAGAGCUCCAACCUCGUCACCCAUCAAAGAGUCCACGGAGGAGAGAAGCCAUUUUAUUGCCCCGAAUGUGGAAAGUCUUUCAUGAAAAGUUCCAGCCUUGUCGCACAUCAAAGAACUCACCGGGCCAGAAAGCAAUUUACCUUUCUCUAAUACGGCGAAACCAUCCACAAUUCAAACAGACGUAUAACUGAAUAGUAAUUAAUUAUUUAAAUAUAUAAAGCAAGGGUGCUCCUUUGUUUAAGAUUUUUUUUAAAUGUAUAUUUAAUCAUGUUUUUCUAUAACUCGUGUUUCUACAGGAAUAUAAGUAAGAAAAUAGGCCCUCUGUUGAAAUGACGGCUUACUGUAAAGAUAGUAUAAAACAAAAAAUGGGAACAGGUCUGGAUUUUAAAGGUUUAUUAUCCCUUCUUGAAUCUGUUUACAUAGUUUAAUUAUUUCUCAAUGGCUUAAGGCUGAUAUCAGACUUUUGUUUUUUUUACCUUCAAGUUACGCCUAAAAAGACAUAUCGGAGAAUAGCGCAGCCCGUAUGCGAAUGCCGAAACUGUAGAACGCUUUCUGUCUGCAGGUUUUUUUUAUUGGGAAUUAAACUGAAAUAACAAUUGCGUAUCUUAAACAAUCAUUUAUUUAAUUUAUAACAUGCUGUUAAGGAAAAAUAAAAUUGCCACGUUAUUUACUGUACAAUAUAAAUAUUUAUAUUAAGCACAUCAUGGUUUAGCUAAAUUAAAAUAUUACAGAUUUUAUACUGUAUAAUGAAUGUCACCAAAUCUUUUAUUUACAAAACGACAAAUUCAUGAAUAUAAAUCCUAAAAAAAUAAAGGGAGAUUUAUUGGGAA